GAAAAAUAGACGGAAUGACAGGGACAUGGCCCAUUCGGGCCUCAAGUUUCCAUGAAAGCUGACCGGCUCCGAACUCGAAGCCGAGGGCAUACCCGCGUGUCUAGCCGCAUCCCAAGUCCGAUGGCCGUCCCUUCACAUACUUAUUUACACUUGUGCACUAGAGGCCCGCCUCCAGCCGACCAACCGCAACAUCAGAUGGGGUCUGGGAGAGAUUGAACCUUCGAGAUGCUCAGGCCGCUCGGUCGGCGUCUUUUUGCGUUCAACUCCUGUCACCGAGGAUCGAUGUCAAGGACAAAACCAACCCCCGUCGCCUGAACCAUGUUGCUCGGCUUGGUGUUGUGGUCGGCCACUUCCUCGGGGACACCAGUGUGUUCACUGCUCACAGCUUUUGCCCAGCUGCGAAUAGUUGCGAAUAGCUGCGAACAACCCCCGUGUGGCUUGCCGUCGGGCGGGUUGUGGGUGAGCUAGGCCUCGUCAUGUUAUAGGCCGCGGCGUUCUAAUAUGGCACAUCGCAGGUGUCGCGGCAUUAAUGAGGCUUUCUAUCUGUGGUGGCCCCCUCCAGUAGUCCGUGUGGUCUAUGGAUUGACUUGAGCUAGGGGGCCUUAGCUGGGAGCUUCAUCCAGGUUUCCAGAAGGAUGGAUGAGCUGAGCUGGCUAGGCUCACACCCCGACAUCGGCAAUCGUGGCUCGCCUGGCUCGCCUGGCUCGUCUGGCUUGGCUUGGCGUGCACCUGCUUGGCGUACGCACCUGGUGCUUCAACCAGAGGGAUGCAGCCAAUCCUGCACGCGCCUGCCGUUUCGCGCUCCAGGUUGUUUUGGCCCAAAGCUGACCAAGUCAGGGUGCAUCUCCCUCGCCUGCUCGCCUGGCUCUCGAUGGCCCGCCCUGCUGGCUUGUCACGUCCUUAGCGAACUGCAUGGGCGCCCGACCAGCAAAAAACUUUUCCACGUCCCGAACCCGUCUUAUCUUCUGCCUCUGUCAACAGUCAACGACAUUGGCCAGACUCGCAGCAGCAGCAGCAAGAAAGGAAGAAAGAGGAAGGAGGACAGACAGGGAGCAACAGCAGCGGCGGCACCAGUACCAGCGGCACCAGCAGAAGAACAAGAAGUGCAAACGCCGAUCGAUCGUGGUCGACCAUCGCCGGCCAGCUACUUCGUACUUCGUACUCCCUCAUCACACUCCGUGCCGACUCCUUCACUCCCUGACUACCUGGGCGCUGCAUUUGUGCUGCUCGGAGGCUCCUGCAGAUCCGCUCCCCACGCCCCAAGAUCUUGCCACGGCGCGCUCUUCUUCAGCCCUGUGACCAGGCCAUUUUCUUCUGUCGCGGCCCCACUGCUCGAUUUGCAGUCAACCGCCAGCCCGCCAGCCCGCCAGCUCGACCUGGGCCAAGGCCACUUGCUGCAUUGUCGCAUUGUGUCCCAGCACGACGGUUCUCGCUUUCGCGCCGGCUUUUUAUUGAACAUCAUCCAGCCGCCGCCAAUAAUAACCCAGGCCCAACGGUCCAGCCAGUCCAGUCCGGUCCUGUGCAGUCGCGCGUCCAAGCUCAAUCCUUCAAUCAUUUCGUCCCCAUCCCUCCAUCCGCCGCCAACUGCAGCGCGUUAAAUUUAACUCGCCAACCAAACCCAGCUCUGUCAAGUCUCAGCCCCGGGGUCCAAGGCGUUUCAGCUGCAUCGCACUCAGAACUACCGUCUCUGUCCGUCAACUCUCUUUUUUGGGGGCACAGGUCCACCGGAGAACCCCCAAACGUCAAGUUUGAGCUUCGGUGAGCAGGAAGCGGACGUGCAUUUGUCUGUCCGGGAGAAGCAGCAGCAGCAGCAGCAGCAGUCGCAGUCUCUGGUUGCCCAGCCAAACCCUCUGGCAAACAUAGGCCCAGAACAGGAGGCAAAUCUGCAGGACAGCCCAAGCCCAAGCCGGCGCGUCCAGUCAAAAACACCCACACCUGCUGCCCGUCAUCUUCGGCUCCCUAGUGCCAAUCACUUGUUCGCUUGUCUCUCGGAAAGGGCACGAACUGCCAGCUGCGAUUACUACCAGCAGCCAAGAUGGUGAGCUUCCAGUGUGAAGCCUGUGGUGAUGUCUUGACCAAGAAGAAACUUGACCAACACAAGAACCGCUGUCGUGGGGCUACAUUCACUUGUAUCGAUUGCAUGGUUCAUUUCUACGGCAACGACUACCGAUCUCACACGAGUUGCAUGACCGAGGAACAAAAGUACCAAGGAGCUCUCUACAAGAACAAAAAGGCAAAGACAGCGACAGCGGCAGCCAACACACAGUCUACGCAAAAGGAUAUGGCCCACGCAGCGUACGUGGAGGAGGUCGCCGACUAUGAGGGAUGGGAGGAUGUUCCGGCCGCGCCACCCCACGCUCCCAGCCCGCCCACGGCUUAUGGUGGGUUCAACGUCUUCGACUACCAAGUGGACGCAACCCCGAGCGCAUCGACCGUCGCGAUACCGCAGGUUGGUGCUCCGGCUCCAGAACCCGCCGCAGAGAGUACGGAGCUGGUGCGGUACGAGUACAAGAAGGAAAGCUACCGGGACAUCGAUGCAGACAUGAUGGCCGACGACGAGGCUCUGGUUCAGUACGGAUCGGGCCCCGUGCCGGCCGAAUCCAGUUCCUUUCACACGCCGGCGCCAAAGAAGGACCGAAAGAAGGCCAGCAAGGACGACAAGAAGGACAAGAAACGGAAGCGUUUACAUGUGGACACGCGUGACCUCGACAUGCCGGAUGCGCCUGUACUCCACUCUGACCUCACCGGCGGUCUGAACCGUCUGAUGAGCAGACCGCACGCUUUCCCGCCGUCCCCCGACUACUCAGGAUCCGGUGGAGAGGUUAACGAGAACCCCGCCAGCCCAUUAAAGAAGUCCAAACAGUCCAAACACCACAAGUCCAGCCGUCCAGAGAGCGGGAUAUUCAACGGUAUUGCAUCUAUGCUGUCAAGUGGGAGCUCGAAGCCGGCAACCAAAUCCAAGAAGCGCAAGCACACCUCGACGUCGACAUCGGCGUCCACCAAGAAACGGCAUUCUCACACCUCCAAGCGACUCGAGGGGGCCAAGGAGGUCAAGAUGCUCGAGUACACCAAGGGCGAUGAGGAAGAGUCGAGGGAUGGGCCGGGCGCCAUGGUCGUUUUCAAGCCCCAGGCAGAUCUCUUCCUGAGUCUGGUCAAGAAAGGCUCUGACAGUGAACGCGGUUGCAGUGUCCACAAAGCGUUGAGGCGAUAUCACCGUGAACAAGGUUGCUCAGGCCGAGCAGCCAAGUCGAUUGAGGAGAAGGAGUUGUUCCGCUCAUUACGGCUGCGCCGGAACGAUCAGGGCGAGAUUGUCUUGUUCAGCGUGCCCGACGAGGACUGAUGGGUUACCAUGUGGGUUUGCAGCAUAUUGCGGUUUUGCAUAUCAACUGCCGAGGCGGCAUCUGGCUUUAUAUUGUUUUGGCCCGGAAGCGGAGUUACCAAGGUGGUUCAGGGCGGUCUUAUGAUACCUCAACAUUGUACUCCGGGCUUGAUGCUCUGUGUUUGAAAGACGAAGCGAUUGCUUUUGCAUCAUUCCUGUAUGGCUUGAUUGCACAUGGGCUGCUGGGUGAUCUGAGGCGUAUGGACGACUGGUCGGAAUGCUUGGGCGAUCGUCAUGUUGUUCAUGUACCUACUACCAUGUGCUGGGAAACGGUCGCGGGCUAAUGGGUUCGCUCCUCAGCUGGAUCUCACUGGAGCUUAUAGAGCAGGGAACAGGAGUUGCGGCCAGGCUUGCACGGUACUUGGUUUCGUGGCUUGUAUCUCCAGUCUCAUUUUCUUGGACAAGCAGACCAAUAUACUCGCCCUAAGGUGAUCUUGGACCCUUGGUCUAUUUGCAGGCCUUCCUAACAAGAUCCAUUGAGGAGUCAUAUCGAUCUUUUCCCCUCAUCAUACGAGGAUCCCCGCGAUGCCAAUUCACUUCACCCUAUUGAGACCUCGGGUAGUCAGUCACUUGCCUGGCAGACACUGCUAGUCACCAUCUCCCAUGUCAUCGCCACACGUCUCGUAGUCAUCAUAAGCUCGUUGUCCCACAAUCGAAGCCGUUGAGCGCCCGAACCCUACUUCAUGCCACCCGCAAGGGCAGGAUGUGCUGCACCAGAGCCUCCCGCCUACACAGGGGGCACUCUGGCUUCUCCCUGACCCAGUCGCCGAUGCACGACCAGCAGAAGACGUGCCCGCACGGCGUGGCGGAGGGGUCCUUGAGCUCCUCCAGGCACAAGGUGCACUUGCGCUGCGACUGGCCCUUGAUCCAGCCCAUGACCGCGUCCCCGCCGCUGCUAACCCCUACACCGAGGUCGUACCUGGGCGCGUCGCCCCGGGGCACGGGCGUGUGCGUCGUCACGCCGAUGGCGGCCUUGGAGCGCCUCCCGGCCCCGGCCCCGGCCCCGGCCCCGGACUGCAGGAGGAGGUCGUUGUUGCCGCUCCCGUAGCUGUGGGCGUGGUCUAGCGACACGUCGGCGGCGGCGGCGCUGCCAAAGGCCCGCUCCCGGAUGACGGCCUCGACGCUGGCCUCGUCCGGGUCCCCCGCUGCGCCGGCGGCCAGGACGGAACGCACGUGCAGGUACGCCUGCACGGCGAGCUGGACGACGAGCAGCACGCCCAGCACCUCGUAGCCCGCGCGGCCGUCGGGGGUGCCGCCCUCGCUGGCGCCGCUGGCGCCGGCGGGGUGCUCGGGCAGGCGGCGGGUGAAGACGUAGCGCAGCCCCGUGAGGCGCUUGGAGAGCGAGUAGUAGGCGCCGGUGAAGUAGAAGGUGGCCAGGACGGCGGCGUGGACGUGGGCGCCCGAGGUCAGGCCGGCCAGGUGGGCCAGGACGUAGCGGCCGGCGCGGUACUCGGCGCUGUUGUGGGCGGCCCUGUGCCUCCGCUGCAGGUGGGCGAGGCGGGCCUCGAGGCGGCUGCGGAGGCGGCUGCGGACGGCCGGGAGGAGGCGGCCCAGGGCGUAGGGGACGAGGACGGAGAGGGCGAUCAGGCCUGAGCGGCGGCCUAUGGAGGGGAGCCUGGGCCCGCCUGGUGCUGCUGUGGUCUUGUCAGGCUCCUCGACCUGGAUCAGGUCGCAGUACUCCUCGCCCAGGGUGCGGUUCCCUAUCAGGGUGGUCAGGCAGAGGUACAGCAGGUCGGCGGCGGUGCGCGACUCGUUGGCCCACGCGUGGGCGGACCGGGCGCCCAGGAGCCGCCUGUGCAGGUCGACGAGCUGGUUCGUCAGCAGGCCCUGGAAGUAUGCGUCCUUCUGGUGGGCGCGGAUGAUGUCUGGUGCCGUGGCGUAGGGGAAGGGCGACGAGGCGGUGGUGGUGGUGGUGGCAGAGGCCAUGGUUUUCCAGCUUUUUUCUCUCUUCUCUUCUUUUCUAAGCGGUCUGCCUGGAUGUUGUCUGCAGUGCAGCUUUUGUGCCUGCGAGCAUCUUCAGCCUGCUCACAUUGUCGUGCUAUACUAUUAUGGAGUAGAUAGAAAGAACGUUGAUAGCCGGCACGGCCUGGGCACAAGAGGAGAAUCAGCCUCG